AUGAGGAAGAAAGUUCUUGCUAAAAAGCCUCCUCGUGAGAAAGUUUACAAGUUUCCUACAAAACCUUCAACUCGCUCUCAAGACCGAACCUUCACACCCUCACCUUCUCCUCCUAUCUCUCCUCCAAGAACUGACCCCAUGGCACGAACCAAGAAUACUCCCAGAUAUCCUGCCUCUGCCAAGCCGACGCCACCUCCAAAGGCUCCUCCCUCAAAACCUGGCUCUUCAAAACCAAGCUCUUCUAAAGGCAAACUUCCGGUGGCUGAGGAACCAGUUCCCGAGCCAACUCAGCCUAAAUAUAGGUCGGUUCCUGUGCGUUCUCAAAGAGGGAUUGUUCACUCUUAUGUUAAAGGUCGAGAUAUUAUCUUGAAUAAUGAAACAAUCAGUGAAGCAUUGAAGUAUACUGAUGUUGGGCCUUGUGCUUAUACUUCAGUUAAGUGGGAUAAAUGUGUUGGUGUUUCUUACAAUGAUGCCAUGGCUAAUAUUUGUGAACAUGAAGGUGGUGCAGUGAAACAGCAAAAAGAAACUACUCGAUCUGAAAGAGUGGUUCUAGAUGAUGAUGAUGAAGAGUUCAUUCCUGAGGAAUCUCCUCCUCCUUCCAUCGAGGUCAAGGAUGUUGUUCAAGAGUUUGUCUCCCAAUCUAAUCACAUGAUUGCUAUGAGCAAGGAACAAAGGAAGCUAGUGAGCAAGCAUGAAAACUUCCUUCGGAAGUCAAGAGAUGGAGUGGCUGUGUUCAUGACAUUCAUUGACAACCUACAAAAGGAUGAAGACCUUGCCACUGAUGCUGAUGAAGAAGUUGACUCCGAGGAGAAUGGUUCUUAUGCUUAG